CGUUCUCACGCCUGCCUGCAUAUAACGAAACCUACCUCCCUAGGUAGGUAUCAAUCAAAGUCGACUGGGAGCGUGACCGCGGAGGAGGACGCGCCGAACCCUAACAAUAAUCCUUUCCAAGGUUGCCCGACUCCCCGACAAUUACCCUUUUCGGAAUUUAUGGAUUCCAAAACUACCUAGUAUCAUAAAUCCUGGUGGCAUCGAUCAAACUACAACAAGAAGCACGUGAGCCGGUUCAUCACACCGUGUCGCAUGUCAUGUUGCGUCUAUCCAGCGCGCUGUGUCCAUUCUGUACGGCAAGUCUCCUGGCGAGCAUAUCGACCAGCUCGAAAUCGAUACCAUGGCAGCAAUUCACCAAGCGCAGCGCCUCUGGCCUCCAUUCGAAACGCCAGCCAGCGCGGAUGCAACUCUCGGCCAGAGUCAACAGACCAUCGAGGGCUUUGCCUGUUCAGGAUGCCGGUCCACGAACCCCGCCAGCUCGGAAAUCAAGGAACAGUCCCUUUGCGGGCAUGAAUAGGACAAAACCUCCUCGAGAGGUUGAGAUUGCGGUUUCGCGGCCACGGCUUCCCGCGGCGGAACGUAAGAGGCAGCUCAGAAUGGCACCGGGAAAGGACAGACAAGAAAAGGAGGAUCGAGAUCCGAUGAAGGCUUUGAAGAUGCAGCGGCGAUUGGCGAGCGUCCCCUAUGGCACAAGAAUGAAGACGAAAACGCAGCUUGUAGAGCGCGAUAGCUUUGAUGAGUUCGAUCUGUUGGACGUUGUCAAAUCUUCCAUUUCCUCACAGGCUCUGCGGGGGCUUGUCGAGAUCUCACCUACGCCAAUCCAAAGACUAGCUAUACCUGCCCUGCUGGGAUCAGACGCCAGGCGGAGUCGAAGAGGUGCUAACGCUCUCUCAGAAGGCAAGAAGCCCAUGCAGCAAUUCCUACUAGCAGCUGAGACAGGAUCAGGGAAGACCCUGGCGUACAUCCUUCCUGUCAUCGACGCACUGAAACGCGCUGAGGCAGCAGAUGCAGCCAUAGCGGCCAAAGAAGCUGCAAAGGAGGCGCCUCUUCCCGUGCAUGAUGAAUUGGACAUGUUCUCCGUCGAGGCUCCCAAGAACACCACAUCACAUCCGACGACAGCACGACCACGAGUCAUCAUUCUCCUACCCACCUCGGAGCUUGUUGCGCAGGUUGGCGCUCUGGUCAAGUCCCUGUCACAUGCUGUGAAAUACCGAUCGGCUAUGCUCAGUUCCGCCUUUACAGGCACCGUCAUUCGAAGUCGGCUUUUCUCGACUGCCGGCAUUGACAUCGUCAUCUCGACUCCUCAUCUAAUCUCGAGCAUCACCGAAUCUGAUCCCAACAUCCUCGCACGGUGCACCCAUCUUGUCAUCGACGAGGCUGAUAGCUUGCUCGAUCGUUCAUUCAGUCCCAUAACACAGGGAAUCAUCGACCGAGCCACACCCGCUCUCGAACAGCUCAUCUUCUGCAGCGCGACGAUCCCGCGGACCCUGGAUUCAUACCUGCACAAAAGAUACCCGGAGACCCGCAGACUCGCGACGCCCAACCUGCACGCCAUCCCGCGACGAGUCCAGCUAAGCGUGCUCGACAUCGACAAGAUCCCCUACCAAGGAAACCGCGACCUCGCAUGCGCACAAACUAUCCUAGAUAUCGGCAAAGACGACUCCGGCGCCGACACCGAUGAAAAGAAAAUCAUCGUCUUCGUCAACGAGCGCGAAACCGCCCAGGCCCUGGCCAAAUACCUCAUGUCCAAGGGGAUCAACGCCUUCGAGUUCAGCCGGGACUCCGACCAGCGCAAACAAGCCGAGAUCAUGGCCUCCUUCACCGGUCAAGCACCACCCGCUCCCAGCAAACGCGGCGAAGAUUCCAGCAAUAGUAAGCCCGAUCGCUUCGCAGCCGGGACCGCACGACGAUCAUCCAAUACCUCCGUCCUCGUCACCACGGACAUCACAUCCCGCGGGAUAGACACCUAUCCGGUCAAAAACGUUAUCUUAUAUGAUGUCCCGCAUACCAGUAUCGACUUCAUCCAUCGUCUGGGCCGAGUGGGUCGCAUGGGACGACGAGGUCGGGGCGUGGUCCUGGUUGGAAAACAUGAUCGCAAGGAUAUCGUCAAGGAGGUCCGUGAGGGAAUGUUCCGAGGUGCGGCAUUGAUUUGAUGUUUCGGUCACGACGACGAUGACGCUGCCUUGCUUUCGUGUGGUGGACAGACGGACAAGGAAUGUACAAUUUUAUUCUUCGAUUCUCUGUAUAAAUCCUGUAUUACCGUUCCCCUCUGAAAGGCGUUGAUCACAGAGGAGCAACACUCAUUCGUGAAAGUUUCGGGCCUUUGGAUCGCUCCGAAACCCCCAGCCGAGAAAAUGCGCAUGCUGUACUGUACACGGUUAAAAGCUAGAAUCGAGCAGAACAACUCCACUUAAUAAUUCUCCUCAUUCUGUUAUCUACAUUCUACGAUCAAAUCAGAAACCCAUGUCGGUUGAUCACACACUCGUCCCAAAAACGCCCCGUGAAUAGAUGAAUUCCCACAAGGAUGCCAAAGGAAAAUGGAAAAGGAUCCUCUCCCUUUCUCUCUCUAUUUCUGACCCUC